AUGGAUGCCUUGUUUGCUAUGAUCAUUGUGAGCAUCUGCAUAUUGUUGAUGAAUAAUGUAGUUGCAUCUAAUGUUUCAGAUUCUAGCAGAGAAUUGAAGGCGUUGAUAGAUUUUGGAUGGCCUUAUAUCAACACCACUGCUCAUCACUGCGAUUGGGAAGGCAUUGCUUGUGAUGAUGAUGGCCACGUUGCAGAGAUAAGCCUGCAGUCUGAAGUAGGAUGCAAUGAUGAUGAACAUAGGUGUCACGAUGUUGGCUAUUUGGAUCCGCUUGUUUUCACAUCUCUCACUAGCAUUCAUCUCAGCUCAUGUGGUCUCUAUGGAGAUAUCCCACCACAAAUAGGUUACGUCUCCAACCUAUCUUAUCUCAAUUUCUCGAAUAAUUAUCUCGAAUGUGAGCUGCCUCUAUCAUUGGCCAAUCUGAGUGAGUUACAUGUGCUCGACAUUUCUAAUAACUUUGGCAUUUAUGGUCUCAUUCCACCUCAAAUGGGAAGCUUAUCCAAGCUAACUUAUCUCGAUUUGUCUGGUAAUCACCUCCACGGUGAGCUGCCUGCAAAUUUGACUGAGUUACAUGUGCUCAGCAUUUCUUUCAAUAAGUUUUCCGGUGUCAUUCCACCUGAGAUAGGAAGCUUAUCAGAACUAACUCAUCUCGAUUUGUCUGACAAUAGCCUUGAGGGUGAGUUGCCUCUUUCACUUUCAAAUCUCACUAAAUUGGAGAUACUUGACAUUUCUUGGAAUAACUUUUUUGGUGGCGUUAUUCCUAAGAUAGGAAGCUUAUCAGAACUAACUCGUCUCGAUUUAUCUAGCAAUCGGUUCGACGGUGAGUUGCCUCUUUCACUGUCAAAUCUAACUAAAUUGCAAGACAUUGACAUCUCUUCUAAUAACUUUUCUGGUGGCAUUAUUCCUAAGAUAGGAAGCUUAUCAGAACUAACUCGUCUCGAUUUAGCUAGCAAUCGACUCGAGGGUGAGUUGCCUCUUUCACUGUCGAAUCUAACUAAAUUGAAAGGUAUUGACAUUUCUUGGAAUAACUUUUCUGGUAGCAUUAUGCCUAAGAUAGGAAGCUUAUCAAGAUUGACUCAUCUCAUUUUGUCUAACAAUCUAUUCAUGGCUGUUUCACUACCAAAUCUAACUAAAUUGGAGGUGCUUGACAUUUCUUACAACAUCUUUUCUGGGGUCAUUCCACCUGAGAUAGGAACCUUAUCAGAACUAACUCGUCUCGAUUUGUCUCACAAUCGACUCAAGGGUGAGUUGCCUCUUUCACUUCCAAAUCUCACUAAAUUGACAGAACUCGACAUUUCUUCUAACGACAUUUCUGGUGCCAUUCCACCUGAGAUAGGAUGCUUAGUGAGACUAACUCAUCUCAAUAUGUCUCAAAAUCAACUCUACUGUGAGUUGCCUAUUUCAGUGGCAAAUCUCACUGAAUUACAGAUGCUUGAAAUUUUUCAAAACUUGAUUCAUGGUGCCAUUCCCUCUGAAUUAGGAAACCUCCAAUCCUUGGCUUUUCUUGACUUGGGAGGCAAUAGCAUCACUGGUGUCAUUCCCUCUGAAUUAGGAAACCUCCAAUCCUUGGAAUUUCUUGACUUGAGCAACAAUGGCAUCGCUGGCUCUAUUCCAUCAACUUUCAUUCAAUUAACAAGAUUACAAUUCUUGAAAUUGGAUGUGAAUAGGUUGGAAGGUAUUUUUCUAGGGGGGAUAGAAAAACUAUCUUCGAUCGAAAUGAUAAAUCUAAGUUGGAACUCAAUCAAAGAACAGAUACCUCUUGGUCUAGGAGAUGCUCCCAUUGCACGGUAUCUCACUAUCGACCUUUCUUGGAACAAUCUUUCCGGAAGAGUCCCUGAAUCUGUUUUUAAGUUGAGUGGCAUCAAUUUGUCCUACAAUCAUUUGGAGGGCCAGAUUCCGCUCGCUGUCUGGCGUAAGUUUCCGGUUGAAUCAUUCUUGGGCAAUCCCAUGUUACUGGUUCCAAAUGAGUCCAUGCCGACACCUCCAAUUGCAAUGAAAAGAGAAAAACAUCGAAACAAUUCAGUUACAAUUUAUGCUGUGGGGAUAGUAUUUGGCUGUGUGUUUCUGUUUUCCAUUUUCUUUGGAGUCUUUUUCUUAAGAAAGAAAGCAGCAGCAGCAGCAGCAUCAACCUCACCUGAUCUCAAACAUGGAGACAUAUUCAAGAUAUGGAACUUCGAUGGCAGCAUCGCCUAUCAAGACAUCAUUGAAGCAACCGCAGACUUUGACUUGAGAUACUGCAUUGGAACUGGAGCUUACGGGAGCGUCUACAGAGCACAACUUCCCACUGGAAGAGUUGUUGCUGUUAAAAAGCUUCACAAAUUUGAAGGAGAUAAUCCUAACUUUGACUCCUCUUUUAGGAAUGAAGCCGAGGUUCUCUCCCAAAUUCGCCAUCGCCAUAUUGUCAAGCUUUUUGGAUUUUGUCUGCACCAGCGGAGCAUGUUUCUCAUCUACGACUACAUGGAAAGAGGAAGCCUCUUUAGCGUGUUGAAGUAUGAUGACGAAGCCGUGGAGCUGACCUGGAAGAAGCGGGUAAAUGUGGUGAAAGGCAUUGCCAAUGCGCUGUCUUACAUGCAUCACGAUUGCAACCCUCCUAUUCUACACAGAGACAUUUCGAGCAGCAACAUACUCUUGGAUUCAGAGUUUGAAGGUUGUUUAUCCGAUUUUGGGACAGCUAGAUUGUUGGAUCCAGAUUCAUCCAAUCAGACUCUACUUGUGGGAACUCGGGGCUAUAUUGCACCAGAGUUGGCCUUCACAAUGGCGGUUACCGAAAAAUGUGAUGUGUAUAGCUUUGGAGUUUUGGCAUUGGAAGUCAUGUUUGGAGAUCAUCCGGGGGAUUUCAUUUCCUCCAUGACGACGAUGAGAUCCACACGGUCUGCUCAAAACAUGAUGGUGCAACAACUCAUGGACAAGAGGCUACCAUCUCCAGACGAAGAUGUAAGAGUGUCGAGGGAAGUGGUUGGAGCGGUGAAAAUAGCCCUCAAAUGCAUAAGCUCUGAUCCAAAGUCGCGACCGUGUAUGAAGGAGGUGUCUCAAGAACUCGCUAAGCAACCACCACGGUUGACUAUGCCAUUCCGCUCCAUAUCAGUGCUUCAUCUCAUGCAUUCAGACUGAGCUUAUGUCAUGAUUUUGUCAUUGUGUCGUGUUCUAUCCUCUCCAUUUUAUUAGUUUUUUCCGUUAAUAAUCAGUGUCUAAUGUCGAACAAAGCAAAAAGAUCUCCAUGAAUCGCUAGUCACCUCUGUUUUUAGAAAGAGCUUCUAAAUAAAAUGUGGAUUGUUGGGGCUUUUCCUAUCCUAACAUUCUCUCUAUUUAUAAGAGCAAGGACUUCUCAUCAAAGAAUUCUGUUUAUAACAUAUUAGUUGCUAAUAUCACUAAUUUUUUGCCAAAUUACAGAUUCUCCUAAAUAUUACUAAUAAGUUUGUGCUUUGUGGUGGCAAAGUUCACUAUAUUUACGACAAGUUUUAAGUUGGUGGCAAAAUCGUAAAUACGGCAAUAAGUCAUAAGAGUAAAGUCAAGUCAGUCCAGUAAAGAUAGAAAUUUCAUCAUAUUCUCCCAAAAUAAUUUCCUCACCACAUGAAUUCCAGAAAUUAAUACUUAUCAAAGCUUGAAUCAUAAACAUACCUCACAU